CAGUUGUCGGAUAAAUUAUCAUUUCAACAAAAUCAGCCUGUAACUAUAAGUGAAAAAAACAAUAACGAAAAUGAUAAAAGUGAUGAAAGCGAUGAAAGCGAUAAAAGUGAUGAAAGCGAUGAAAGUGAUGAUAAUAAUACAUCUACUACUUCCCUUUAA